AUGGCGACAGGUGCUGUCCAUGAUGCUGCUCCCCCAGUUCCCAAGCGCAUUCCAUUCUUCCGACAGCUAAUCGAUCACGCAAGCGUAACUCCCGAAAUCGAAGCAUGGAAAUAUGCCGGCUCCGGAACCGACUCCGAUCCAUACGUGGUCACCUGGAUAGCAGACGAUCCUCGAAAUCCCAUGCUGUAUCCGGCAUUCUGGAAGUGGUCGAUAAUGAUGUUGGUCAGCUUCAUCACGUUAGCGGUGUCGUUUGCCUCAGCGGCCUACAGCGGUGGUGGGCCCGCCGUCAUCGCCGAGUUCGGUUGCAGCCAGGUGGAAUUCGUGCUGGGACUUUCGCUGUUCGUGCUUGGGUUCGCCAUCGGCCCGCUCUUCUGGGCUCCUUUGUCUGAACUCUACGGUCGGCAGAUCCUUUUCACUACGACAUACCUUGGUUUGACUAUUUUCAACGCCGGCGCUGCCGGCGCCCAGAAUAUCGCGACCCUGGUUGUCUUGCGCUUUCUGGCGGGCGCCGUUGGUAGUGCCCCUUUGACAAAUGCAGGCGGUGUAAUUGCAGACAUGUUCAGUGCGAAGCAACGCGGCAUGGCCCUCAGUAUUUGGGCUGCGGCCCCCUUUUUAGGACCGGUCCUUGGACCUAUUAUCGGUGGCUUCGUCGGUGAGACAAUUGGCUGGCGCUGGAUCGAAGGUAUCAUGGCCAUUUUCACAGGAUGUCUGUGGAUCCUCGGCACACUACUCCUGCCUGAAACGUACCCACCUGUGCUCCUCCGCGCACGUGCACGCGAGCUUAGCAAACGUACAGGCUUGAUCUACCGUUCUCAAGGAGAAAUCGACAAAGGUCCCCAGAAAGCUUCGCGAGUCUUUGCAACGGCUUUGCUACGACCUUGGGUACUUCUCUUUCGAGAGCCUAUUGUUUUAAUCAUCAGCGUGUACAUGGGGAUCGUGUACGCGAUCUUGUAUUCACUUUUCGGCGCUUUUCCAAUCGUGUUUCAGCAGGGUCGGGGUUGGAGCCCGGGAAUCGGAGGUUUGGCCUUCUUGGGCGUGUUGGUCGGCAUGGUUGCGGCUGUCACGUAUUGCCUCUGGGACAACAAGCGCUAUGGUAUCGUCAGCGACAAGCACGAUGGAUUUGCACCGCCUGAACAACGACUUCCGUCCGUCAUGCUGGGUGCCGUGCUUAUUCCGAUUGGGCUGUUUUGGUUUGCUUGGACAAAUGGUCCUGAGAUUCAUUGGAUCGUGCCCAUCAUUGCCAGUGCACCCUUUGGAUUUGGCAUGGUUCUUGUGUUCCUCGGAUUGAUGAACUAUCUCAUCGACGCAUAUACUUUGUAUGCAGCUUCUUGUCUCGCUGCAAACUCCGUUCUUCGCUCGUUGUUCGGAACAGCUUUUCCGCUUUUCACUCCGAUCAUGUAUGAGCGACUCGGCAUCCACUGGGCUUCCAGCAUUCCAGCAUUCUUGGCUUUGGCAUGCGUACCGUUUCCAUUCAUCUUCUACCACUAUGGUCCGACAAUCCGAGCGAAGUGUAAAUUCGCUGCAGAAGCCGCGGCCUUCCUACGGAAAAUGCAGGAUAUGAAAUCACAGGCUGGCCCGACAUUCGGCCUCGAGUUCAUCGGAGCGGGUGAACCAGCACAGCGUGGACGAGGACACCAAGGCGAAGAAGGCGUUUCAUGA